GUUUUCUUUUUCCCAAACCGCCCACAUUAAUUACCGAGAAGCCCUCAGCCUCGGCUAUUUUUAUACAUGCACUCCCACACCGCUCACACUGCACUUGCUCUUACUCACUCUCUCGCCCAAGCCCGAUCUCCGACGAGCAGUCACCGUCCACCAUGGCGGCGGCCGCACAACCGCCAAACAUAGCUCUAUUCAUUCUCUUCCUCCCCACCAUUCUGGUCGCCGGCAUGGAGUACCAAUCCUUAGUUGUAACGCCGCUUCAGAUUCGCCCAGCUCUCCGCCCUCACGACGAUCUCCUUUCCUGGACCUCCAAUGUGGAAACCCUAACAAGGGAGGAUGCCGCCACCGCUGAAACCAAAACUUCUCUCCGCAUCGAUCUAGCCCACCGCGACUCACUCCUUUCCGGUAAUCACACGCCGGAGCAAGCUUUCCAACUCCGCCUUGACCGCGAUGUCGCUCGGGUGUCAAAGAUCGAGGAAACCCUAGCAUCGGCUGCUCCCAUCGGACCGGGGCCAGUCUCUGGAAAUCGUUCGCGCCGGGGACGGAGAAGCUUUAGCAGCGCGGUGGUCUCUGGGCUUGCUCAAGGCAGCGGUGAGUAUUUCACCCGGAUCGGGAUCGGAACUCCGGCGAGGUACGCAUACAUGGUCCUCGACACUGGUAGCGACGUGGUUUGGCUACAAUGCGCUCCAUGCCGGCGAUGUUACACUCAAUCCGACCCGAUCUUUGACCCCCACCUCUCCAGCUCCUUCGCCGUCGUCCCCUGCGGUGCUGAUCUCUGCCACCGCCUUGACGUUGCCGGAUGCGACACUCGUCGUCUCUCCUGCCUCUACCAAGUUUCCUAUGGCGACGGAUCCCUCACCACCGGCGAGUUCGCGACCGAAACCCUCACAUUCCGCGGCGGCGUCCGCGUCGCCCGCAUUGCGCUGGGCUGCGGCCAUGACAACGAAGGGCUUUUCGUCGCCGCUGCCGGCCUUCUCGGCCUUGGCCGCGGCAGCCUCUCCUUCCCGACCCAAGCCGGCCGCAGAUUCAACCGUCGGUUCUCGUACUGCCUCGUCGACCGUACAUCUUCGACCUCCGCCGCCUCCACCGCCCGGACUUCUUCCGUGGUCUUCGGCGACGCGGCCAUACCGAGGGCGAAGCUGCCGUUGACUGCGUUCACACCCAUGUUGCGGAAUCCGAAGAUGGACACUUUCUACUACGUGGAGGUGACGGGGUUGAGUGUGGGGGGGACAAAGGUCGCCGGAGUGACCGAGUCGGAGUUGCGGCUGGAUCCGGCGACUGGUAGGGGAGGGGUGAUCGUCGAUUCCGGCACUUCAGUGACUCGGCUCGCGAGAUCAGCCUAUGCUGCGCUGCGUGAUGCGUUCAAGGCCGGAGCGACAGAGUCAGGCCUAAAACUGUCCACGGGAGGAUUUUCGCUGUUUGAUACUUGUUACGAUCUCGCAGGGAAGACGGAAGUAAAAGUUCCGACGGUAGUGUUACACCUCUCCGGCGGUUCCGACGUCUCUCUGCCGGCGGAGAACUACCUGAUUCCGGUUGAUACAAGGGGGACUUUCUGCUUUGCGUUCGCCGGCACGGAUAGCGGCGUUUCCAUUAUCGGAAACAUUCAGCAGCAGGGCUUCCGGGUAGUGUUCGACGGCGCCGGCGGCCGUGUCGGCUUUAUUCCCCGUGGCUGCUAGUAGUGUGCCCGGUAUCCGUUACGUUUCUGAAGGGAUACUAUGGCCUUCGUUAAAUUAUUAUUAUUAUUAUAUGGUGUUUUGUCUUGUAGGUAAAGGAAAAGGGUCAAGUCGAGUGGCAGUCAAAGCUAAAGCCGGUCGGACCUGAGCUUCUUGGCUUCUUUUUAUUUGUUUUUCUUUUGGAUUGAUGUUUUUAUGUUUUAUUGUCUCUGGGCUUUUUUUUAGGGUUUGUUUCUUUGGGAGUUCUAACUGUUCGUUGCUAACUUAUGAGGACUGAUGCAAACAAAAAGGUUAUCUCUAUUAAAAGCUUUAUAUUUGAUUUA